AUGUACUCAACAAGAAGUCUCAUCGGGUUUGCAAGCAUGCUUGCAUCCCUUCCAUCUGCCUUUGCUGGUUUCAGCACAACUGCUACAGACAAUGUCGCUAUCUACUGGGGCCAGGGUGCCAACCAAGGCACGCUCGCAUCAUACUGCUCAAAUACCGACUUUAACAUCAUUCCCAUCGCUUUCUUGGUCUCCAUCAACAAGCUGACUGUCAAUGUUGGAAACGCUGAUCCCACCCAAGUCGGAAAGGAUAUCGUCACUUGCCAGGGCAUGGGUAAAACCAUUCUCCUCUCUAUAGGAGGAGCCACCUAUAGCGAUAGUGAACUCAAAACAUCUGAUGAAGCCACUACUGCCGCCAAGAAUGUCUGGGCUGCUUUCGGUCCCAAGACUUCAUCCUCUACCACUAGACCAUUCGGUGAUGCUGUCGUCGAUGGUUUCGAUUUUGAUAUCGAAACCGUAGGUCUUGCUAACUUGGAAGUCUUUGCUCAAGAGCUCCGCUCUCUUUCUGAUGCUGAGACCAGCAAAAAAUACUAUUUGACUGCCGCACCACAGUGCCCUUACCCUGACCAAGCCGAUAAGUCCUUCCUUCAAGGUGAAGUCUCCUUUGACGCUGUCUUCGUUCAGUUCUACAACAACAACUGUGGUCUUAACAAAUUUGUCAAGGGAAGCAGUACUCAAAGCGUUUUCAACAUGGACACCUGGGAUAAAUGGGCUUCAGGAACCUCCAAAAACAGGAAUGUUAAGGUUUUCGUUGGUAUCCCAGGUAGCAGUACCGCUGCCACUGUUGGAUACGUUGACCAGGACACCAUGACCGAUGUGAUCAAGUACUCCAAGACAUUCAAGAGCUUUGGCGGUGUCAUGGCUUGGGAUAUGGUUACUUUGAUCGGCAACUCUGGUUACCUCGCCAACAUCAACAAGGCACUUGGAGGUACCCCUGCUUCAGGAUCUGUCGCUGCAACUACAUCCAAGGCCACUGUCACCACUGCCAAAGCCUCCAGCACUGCUGUCGGAUCUACUCUCACCACCAAAGUCAGAUCUACCAUCACCUCCACCAAGGCCAUUGCUACUGCUACCGCUACCAGGGCUGCUGAUGGCCAAAGCAGCGUUAAAUCUGCCUCCGCCUCCGCCUCCGCUACUCUCAUUUCCUCCUCAGGAACUGUCCCAAAGUGGAGCCAAUGUGGUGGUGAAGGAUACACCGGAUCAACUGAAUGUGAAUCCGGAUCCAAGUGUGUUAAGACCGAUGAUUGGUGGUCUGCCUGCCAGUAA